GUGUAGCCACCGCGGGCUAACUCCGUCUCAUGAUUAUAAACCCUCCAUUCGGUCAUCUCCGGGCGUCGGUCGGUUCUUCGGGAUAUUUGAACACAAAUGUGAAUCUUUUUUGUCACCAUUUUAUUAUUAUUAUUAUUCUUUUUCUCCCUCCAAAAAACAACAACACAGCGAGUGAUGAACGGGAGCGCGAGCCCGCUGCUGGACAAAGAGGAGCAUGUGUUGAAGCUCGGGGAAAGCUUCGCGAAGAGGCCAACGUCUUCCUUUCACACAAUCAGAUAUGACUUCAAACCAGCAUCGAUCGACACGAGCUGCGAGGGAGAGCUGCAGGUCGGGAAAGGAGAAGAAGUGACCAUCACGCUACCGCACAUUCCAGGCUCCACGCCGCCCAUGACGGUGUUCAAGGGGAACAAGCGGCCGUACCAGAAGGACUGCGUGCUCAUCAUCAACCACGACACCGGGGAGUUCGUGCUGGAGAAGCUGAGCAGCAGCAUCCAGGUCAAGAAGACCAGGGCGGAGGGCAGCAGUAAGAUCCAGGCCCGUAUCGAGCAGCAGUCGGUCCGGUCCGGCUCUCAGCCCGGCGCUCCGUUCCGAGCGCCAACGAAGCCCGGCGUGAAGACGCCGCCGUCGCCCUGCAGGGACGAGCGCUCGCCGGAGCCGCAGCUCGCCGACAUCGAGAGAGAGCUGCGGGCCGAGGUGGAGGUCAUCGAGCAGAUGAGCAGCAGCAGCUCGUCGGGCUCGGGCAGCGGCUCGGGGAGCGGCGACGACAGCAGCAGUGAUGGCGGCGGCGGCGGCGGUGGGGGAGGAGGAGGAGGAGGAGGAGGCAGCGAGCACGACGGCGGCGCCCCACGACCGCUCAGCCAGACGUCGCCCGGACGCCAGCCGGCGUUCAACGGGGGCAGCGAGCGGCCGGCGGGCAACAACCAGCUGAUGAACACGCUGCGAGACGACCUUCAGCUCAGCGAGUCGGGCAGCGACAGUGAUGACGACUGAUGUCUCUCUCUCUCUCUCUCCACACACCUCCUCCUCCUCCCUUCAUCCUCCUCUCCUCCUCGUGGUUCCUUUGUAUCUUGUUCUGACGACUUUUUGAUUUUAUUAUUUCUAGUAUUUCUUUGCAGAGUGUAUUUUUAUUAGAUGUAUAUUUUGUUUGUAUAGCGAUACUUUAGAGACUUUAGAAACUUUACAGACUUUAGAGACUUUCCUGGAGCUUUGGGGAGACGAUGUAUUUUCGAGUGCACAGACAUAUUUUCUGUACUCAGAGCAGCUCGUUUUAUCAACUUGUUUUAGUUUUGUGUUUUUCGGGAAGAAGAGGAAGAUAAAUAUCUCAUAAAUACAUAAACAUCACCGAGUGUCCGAUAGCAGGAACUUCUCCACGUUGUUGUUUGUUUGUUUAUUUUAUCGGUUUGUUAUGAAAACAAAUAAAAUGCAGAAUUGCAAAAUCUGUGCAGCUUGA